AUGGAAAGGGCUGAGAAGAGCCAGACCGCCCUCUCGGAUCAAGAUGGAAUUUACACUCUUCACGAUCGGGAUGCCGAGAAGAUCCUGCCCUAUGAAGCCGAUGAUUCGCCUUUCCCGGAGGUGCGGGCUGUAAUCCAGCCAGUCAAUGACUUGACGCUACCUGUCAACACGGUUCGCAUGUGGACCAUUGGUAUUGUGUUUACUAUCCCCAGUGUGAAUAUCAGUGCGCUCGUAGCACAAUUGCUAGCCUUCCCUCUGGGAUGUGCCUGGGCGAAAUGGAUUCCCCUCGGAGUGCUGAAUCCCGACCGGCAAUUCAAUAUCAAGGCUUUGAUCACAAUCAUGGCCAACGUCUCCAUUGGCUCUGCUGCUGCAACUCAAGUUAUUGAAGCGCUUGUCAAGUUCUAUAACAUGCCAUCGCAUGGUGGAUUUGAAGUUCUACUGUGUAUUACUACGCAAUUGUUUGGAUUUGGCUUAGCCGGCAUGGCCUCGCGCUGGCUAGUUGGCCCAGCAUCGAUGGUUUGGCCGCAGGUGUUGUCAAAUGCAGCACUUUUGACCACCCUCCACUCUCAAUCCGAUACUAUCGCAGAUGGCUGGCGGAUCACACGUCUUCGCUUCUUUCUCUAUGUUUUCAUCUGUGGCGCCAUCUGGUACCUCGUCCCGGGUUAUCUCUUUACGGGUCUCAGCACCUUUGCCUUCAUCUGCUGGAUCGUGCCAUCCGAUGUAGUGGUGAAUCAACUCUUUGGACAAAGACCACCGGACUGGGGAUGUCGGUCUUGA